AUGACGAAGGGUCAACUCAAGAAGUUGAAUGUGAAGCUGGACUCGAUCCUAGAGCAUUCUAACACAUUCUUUUCAACAAAGUGGGAGAAUCUGUUCACCACUCACAGGGCCACUAUUGAGAUACUCGCCUCCAUAAAUGCGAAAUUCAUUGAAGAAUCCUCCAAGGUCAUCCAUAAUUCUAAAAAGAGGAUUUCUGAAGUGACUAGAAACGUCGAAAAACUACAUCAAGAGGUGAAAGAAUUCAAGAAUGAUUUCCGAAUCUCCUCUGAUAAAAAGACAACAUACAUGAAUAAGGAUAAUGAAGCUUCUAGAUUAGGAAAAGAUAAAGGUAAAGGUAUUUCAGAAGAAGAAAUUGAUGAAAAUGCAAACAUGGCUGAGUCAGAACAAGCAGAAAGAGAGAAAAAAGACAAAGACCUUGACGAACUCAAUGCUCUUCAGAAGAAAUUAGAGGCAGAAGAAUUUGAAGCAAAGAAUGCAUAA